UUCUCGGUGUCGCAAUUCUGAGUUCUUGAUAUUUCGCGGUGGGAAGUGGUGGCGUCGUCGCAAAUCAUGGCAGAGACGUCAAAUAGGCCAAACAGCACAGUCUAUGUCGGUGGGCUCGACACGACGCUCGUCACGGCCGCCACACUGUCGGAAGCGUUUAUUCCAUUUGGCGAAAUAGUCGACAUCACCCUGCCGAAACCAGAGGCCCCAUCGUCCAAAGAUCUACACCGAGGGUUCGGUUAUGUCGAAUUCGAAGACGCGGCUGAUGCCAAAGAAGCCAUCGACAACAUGAAUCAGAGCGAACUGUACGGACGAGUCAUCAAGGUGGCAUUGGCGAAACCGGACCGGAAGGAGACUGGAGAAGCUAGCCUCGGAAGCACCACGGCCAUCUGGGAGCAGGAAGGGUAUCUUGCGAAAUAUGCCGGUGCUGCCAGUGAAGACAGGGAGGCGGUCGAGCAGUCCAGAAACGAACGGCCUGAAGAUCCCAUGCAGGGUCUUGAAGGCCUCGAUGUCGCAGGGCCAAAGCCCGAGUGAGAGAUGCUCGUCAUGAUUUUAUGGCCCGGUAUGCGGUAUAUGAACUUCUACGAAGCAAAGCUCCAAGCAGACCCGUGAUCGCUCAGUGAGGGAGAACCGGAGAAGCAAGUGGGGACAAGGAAAGACGGUCACAGGCAGAGACCUUGAUUUGACUGGGCAAAGUCAGGCACUCAGCCAGACAUCUAGCAUUAUCAGUGGGAGCGUCAGCUGUGGUCAGCCAACCUAGGUCGAUGCAUGACGCAUCAGUGGCCUUCCUCUAGGAAUAUCGCCAGAGUAUUCACCGAGGGCGACAUAGGGCUCGCGAAGAUUACUGAUGCACACUUGCAGAGAAGAAUAAGAGCGGCAAUAGAAUAGCUGUCUUGCAAAGAAAAUCGCCGUCGGCAUUCUGAUUCAAUAUAUACACGUCCUUGUCACAUAUGGACUUCUUUUCCCUUGGCUCGACAGUCUGGAAACUUCCCAUUUCAUUUUUCUGCAAUACGAGUGCUCUCCUGCUCUUUCUUUUUU